GUGACGUAUGACUGGGAUGUAAGUUAUAGGGAAGCAUCUACUUUUCAGAGUCCUACCGCGGUGGCCAGAACAAGCGAAUUCUCAGUUCUGAUGAGCUGCAGACAAUACUGAUGGAGAAUGUAACAACCCACUAUUCCGCCGAGAUGGCAUUGCUCAUGCUUACGGAGGGGCAUGGCUUUACCAUUCCUUUGCUAAAGCAGACCAUGGCCGAUUCAGGUCAGGGGUUAAAGAUCAGUUUUUCAAACAUUCGCUUCGAAGACAUCGCACAUUUAGUGGGCCUGGAUCAUCUCCGCAUGAUCAAGGACAUGGAAACCUUUCCGCUACGUCGCUCUCGAAUCGACACUGGGCUUUUCAAAUCGAUUGUAGAAGAUAUCGAUGCAAUGAUGCUUCAAUAUGGGUCGCCCACUGAGCAUGAAAAUGAAGAAGCCCGUUCACGGUUCCUCUCGCCUAUCUUUAAUCGCAUCUCAAUUGUAUUUGAAGGUGUGUUCCGCAACAAACCCGAAGGCAUGAUACCUGGGCGUAUUGCCAGUCAAGGGAGAAUCGAGUAUUAUUUCAAAAUAUUCGGCGUUAUCACCACUAUCUUCAUCGAAUUCAUGAAAAAGAUAGGCGAUACUGGCACUGACCGCUUAGAUGCGAUCGCACAAGUGAUUGCGGAGUGUGACGCUUGUGAUUGGGUGAAUACACAGAAUGGUUUCAGCGUGCCUAUAUACGCAAUCCUUUGUGAUGGUGAUCGUUUCGAGUUCUAUCAAUUCACUAGCCAAGAUCCCCGACCACACAAAUUCUCCCGAGGCGUAUACUCCCCAGACCGACUUUCUCGUACCGCCUUGCACAGACUUCGACUUCCUGACUUGUCGGACUCCAAUAAUGCCCUUUCUUUCAUGACGGCCUUACGACCGGUAUGCGAGGUGAUAUUUGACCUGUUCUUGCAGGGAUAUUGCUCUGCGGUCGAGGCACAACAUGACCGUUCAGCCCCAACGCCAGGUACCGACGAACAAAGACAUAAGAAUCUAGAAGCAUGGAGGGACUCGUACGCUCACGCGGUUAGGGCGAAGGACAAGUUAGAGAGGCUGACGAGUCGCGUGCAAUGGGGCAGGUCAGUAAAGCAAUCUCGGAUGUUGGAAGGCAACAGAAACUCUGGAAAUGAGAUAAGUUCCUCAAUAUUUGGCCGUCUCAUCUGUAAGGCUGAGUAUGAGUUCGAAAGGGAAUGGUGAACAAAACGAAGCUGAGAAGAGACAAGUU